ACUCUGUUAAUAUGCAAAAUGUCUCUUGUCCCUCCCCCAAAAGCAUUUGGGAGGCGGGAGGAAUGAAAACCUGCUGUACUUCUGCCGUUUGCUUACUUUCAGUUUCACAGUGCAAGGGUUCCUCCACAGUGAGGAGACGUCAGAAGUAAUGCAUUCUUUCUCUCUCGCUCUCUUUCAUUGGGUUGAUAAGUGCUAGAGCCAACGCAAACGUGUGAAUUUUCAGUUUUACACAGCCACCAUGGAGGAGGACGCGGGACAAUCUAUCCCAUUCAAGUACCCCGCCUCUGACUUCUUGUUGACUGUCGGUGGUAUGUUGUUUUUUCUCCUGGAUGUGGUACUAGACGUGUGGGCGGUGGUGACUUUCUAUCAACAAGAGGCCUACGUGUUCAUGGGACUGCUGAUGUUUCUACUACUAGGCUCCUCAGCCCUGGUCCAGGCUUUCAGCUGGCUGUGGUACCACUAUGACAAGGACAGCACUGAGACCAGGACAGAGAGCCUUGUGAAGAGCCUUCACUCACUCAAGAUCAUUCAUGUGUUCCAGAUGGGAGUCUACCUCAGAUAUGCUGGUCUUGUGAGGAUCUCGAUAUGUGGCUUCUGCUGUAGAAAGCGUUACAUGGAGGGCAACGCUGUGUAUCUGACCCAUGACCUUAGCCUGCUGCGCCUCAUCGAGACCUUCUCUGAGAGCGCGCCACAGCUUGUCCUCAUAAUUACCAUCAUCAUCCAGAGGGGAGAGGUGGAGCCCAUUACAAUCUUGAAGGCACUUGGUUCAGUGUCUGCCAUCGCCGUCAGCGUGACCAUGUAUCACCGCUCCCUGCGUUCCUUCCUCCCAGACAAGGCCAAGCAGGGCUGGGGCUCCUCAGUGGUCUACUUCAUGUGGAACCUGCUCCUGAUUGGUCCACGUGUGGCAGCAGUCGCCCUCUUUGCUUCGGUCUUCCCCUGCUUCAUCGCUGCCCACUUCCUGUCUUCCUGGAUGGUUCUAUUUUUUGUCGCCUGGCAACUGAAGACAAACUUCAUGGACAGCGGCGGUGGAGAAUGGCUCUACCGGGCCACCAUAGGUCUCAUCUGGUACUUUAGCUGGUUCAGCAUAGUGGAGGGGCACACCAGGCAGCAGAGCACCAUCUACCACACCUGGAUAGGAGUGGAUAUUGGGAUGCUUUGUGGUUUUUGGGUGUGGCAGAUGAUGAAGAACCCUCCAUAUUUUGAACUGCCACUAGAUCCCUAUGUCAUCUUUGUCAUUAUGAUCUCACUCUACAUAGCUGGACUCUGUCUCAAGGUGACAUACUACAAGUUCUGUCACCCAAAGAUUACAAAGCAGGGAGAAGUUGAGUGUCAUCUCGAGCUGAUGUCGGAGUCGGUGGGGGUCCCCCCAAAUGGGGAAGAUGUGGUUGACUUUAGGUUUAUGGGUCAUACAGAGCGUCCAGAAGCGUCGGUCAGGGUCAAUAAAAGGAUGCGGAAUUUAGCUGGUAAUUUUUACUCUUAAUCCAGAUUAUCAGAUGGCUCCUACACAUUGAGAAGACUGUAUGGGCGUGUUCAACAUUGCAGCCGAUAACCCAGCCAGGCAACUGCCAACUGACUGAUCUACAAAUGACCUUGGCUCAUAAAUAACUACUCAUUAUUUAUUGAUCAGUCACAAUUUAAACACAAUGAGUGAAAGGUCUGUCUGUUUUCGAUCCAUCCUUGUACUUGAUUGAUGAAUUAAGGUCAGUAAUUAGUAGGGAACUCCCCUCACCUGGUUGCCUAGGUCUUAAGGGAAAGGGAAAAACCAAAAACCCACACUCAGCUCUCCGUGGAAUGAGUUUUACACCCCUGCCCUACUUAAAUGAACCAGCUCUACAGCUUGAAACACUGAGAAAUGUUGACUCAUUCAUUAAAAUGACUGGAAUGAUUUGUUCUAUGAAGACGAGGAUGGCGAUACGAGACAGUUCUGUUUGGCACUGUGCAUUUCUAAUAUGAAGGUAAACAUUACAGUAAUGUUUAUCGUGGUCAUGAACUUCUUAUUAAUAUGACCUCGUGAGUACAGCUGAUCAGGGUUACUUAUUGACAGUGGUGGAACAAAAUACUAAAUUGACAUACUUUAGACUUUAAUAAACGUAAAGAUACUUUUACUUGAGUCAUUUUCUAUUAAGGUGAGUCACCCAGUAAAAUACUACUUCAGCAACUCUAGAAGUAUUUGGUUAGAAAUAUACCUAAGUAUCCAAAGUAAAUGGAAUUGCUAAAAUAUAGUUAAGUCAAAGGUAUAAAUAGUUUCAAAUUAAUUAUUAAGCAAACCAAACUAUUUAUUUAUUUAUUUAUUUAUAGAUGGCACACCAGCAUUGUUUAGUGAGUCUGCCAGAUCAGGUAGUAGGGGUGACCAGGGAUGUUCUCUGUUUAGUGAGUCCGCCAGAUCAGGUAGUAGGGAUGACCAGGGAUGUUCUCUGUUUAGUGAGUCUGCCAGAUCAGGUAGUAGGGAUGACCAGGGAUGUUCUCUGUUUAGUGAGUCUGCCAGAUCAGAGGCAGUAGGGGUGACCAGGAUGUUCUCUGUUUAGUGAGUCUGCCAGAUCAGGUAGUAGGGGUGACCAGGGAUGUUCUCUGUUUAGUGAGUCUGCCAGAUCAGGUAGUAGGGGUGACCAGGGAUGUUCUCUGUUUAGGGAGUCCGCCAGAUCAGGUAGUAGGGAUGACCAGUGAUGUUCUCUGUUUAGUGAGUCUGCCAGAUCAGGUAGUAGGGGUGACCAGGGAUGUUCUCUGUUUAGUGAGUCCGCCAGAUCAGGUAGUAGGGAUGACCAGGGAUGUUCUCUGUUUAGUGAGUCCGCCAGAUCAGGUAGUAGGGAUGACCAGGGAUGUUCUCUGUUUAGUGAGUCUGCCAGAUCAGGUAGUAGGGGUGACCAGGGAUGUUCUCUGUUUAGUGAGUCUGCCAGAUCAGGUAGUAGGGGUGACCAGGGAUGUUCUCUGUUUAGUGAGUCUGCCAGAUCAGGUAGUAGGGAUGACCAGGGAUGUUCUCUGUUUAGUGAGUCCGCCAGAUCAGGUAGUAGGGAUGACCAGGGAUGUUCUCUGUUUAGUGAGUCUGCCAGAUCAGAGGCAGUAGGGAUGACCAGUGAUGUUCUCUGUUUAGUGAGUCUGCCAGAUCAGGUAGUAGGGGUGACCAGGGAUGUUCUCUGUUUAGUGAGUCUGCCAGAUCAGGUAGUAGGGGUGACCAGGGAUGUUCUCUGUUUAGUGAGUCUGCCAGAUCAGGUAGUAGGGAUGACCAGGGAUGUUCUCUGUUUAGUGAGUCUGCCAGAUCAGAGGCAGUAGGGGUGACCAGGAUGUUCUCUGUUUAGUGAGUCUGCCAGAUCAGGUAGUAGGGGUGACCAGGGAUGUUCUCUGUUUAGUGAGUCCGCCAGAUCAGGUAGUAGGGGUGACCAGGGAUGUUCUCUUGAUAAGUGUGUGAAUUGGACCAUUUUCCUGUCAAAAUGUAACAGGUACUUUUGGGUGUUAGGGAAAAAGAUACCACAAAACAACAACUUAAGUAGUACUUUAAAGUAUUUUUUUUACUUAAGUACUUUACACCACUGCUUCCUGAAAUGUUAGCAGAGUGUGGACUCUGUCAGGACUAGAUGGUAAAUACCUUGAGGGGAUGUGAGAUUGUAAUUUUAACAGUGCAGUUGGGGUGGCCAGUUCUGAGUGAAUGUGCCAAUGUCCUCUGUCUUUCGGGUGCAGUGUGCUGGACUGUCUGGUUUCAUGUGUGUGAUGCGAAUGUGAUCCUUUUUGUACAGUGAUGCCAAAGGCAAAAAAUAAAUAAAUAAAAACGUCCAUACAGGUGA